AGGAACAAUCACAGGCACAAGUAAAAAUGGCGGAGGAACAACCUACUACCACUCUCGUUACACCGGAAAAGCUACCAUCUUUGGACCUGGCGGCUCCUGAAGUAUCUGAGUCUACUAAAGAAGUUCUACCGAGAGAGACAGUGACCGAGACUAAUCCGCCGGAAUCGGCAGAAACCACCACCAAGCCAGAAGAAGAAACCGCGGCAGAGCAUCAUCCACCGACAGUGACGGAAACAGAAACAGCAUCGACGGAGAAACAAGAGCUUGGAGACGGAUCAUCAUCGCAGAAGGAAGUAGCUGAAGAGAAAAAGAGCAUGAUUCCACAGAAUCUUGGUUCAUUCAAAGAAGAAAGCAGCAAACUUUCCGAUCUAUCAAACUCCGAGAAGAAAUCACUCGAUGAACUAAAACAUCUUGUUCGAGAUGCUUUAGACAAUCACCAAUUCAGCUCAAUCUCUAAACCAGAAGACACCAACAACACACCAGAAGAAGUCAAGAUUUGGGGAAUCCCGUUGCUCGAAGACGAUAGAAGCGACGUCGUUUUACUGAAAUUCCUAAGAGCUAGGGAUUUCAAGGUGAAAGAUUCGUUUGCUAUGCUCAAGAACACGGUUAAAUGGAGAAGAGAGUUCAAGAUCGAUGAAUUGGUUGAGGAAGAACUUGUGGAUGAUCUUGACAAGGUUGUGUUUAUGCAUGGACAUGACCGAGAAGGUCACCCUGUGUGUUACAAUGUCUAUGGUGAGUUUCAAAACAAGGAGCUUUAUAAUAAGACGUUUUCUGAUGAGGAAAAGAGGAAACAUUUCUUGAGGACUAGGAUUCAGUUCUUGGAGAGGAGUAUAAGGAAGCUAGAUUUUAGCUCUGGUGGGGUUUCUACUAUUUUCCAGGUUAAUGAUAUGAAGAAUUCUCCGGGGUUGGGGAAGAAAGAGCUUAGAUCAGCCACUAAGCAAGCUGUUGAGUUGCUUCAAGACAAUUACCCUGAGUUUGUCUUCAAGCAGGCUUUUAUCAAUGUUCCUUGGUGGUACCUUGUGUUUUACACUGUGAUUGGUCCUUUCAUGACACCACGGUCAAAGAGCAAGCUUGUGUUUGCUGGUCCAUCACGUUCAGCUGAAACACUUUUCAAAUACAUAUCACCCGAGCAAGUUCCAGUUCAAUACGGAGGAUUGAGUGUAGAUCCUUGCGACUGCAAUCCAGACUUUUCAUUGGAAGAUUCAGCCUCAGAGAUCACUGUUAAGCCUGGAACAAAACAAACUGUUGAGAUCAUAAUCUAUGAGAAAUGUGAACUUGUGUGGGAGAUAAGGGUAAUUGGAUGGGAAGUGAGCUACAAGGCCGAAUUUGUGCCGGAGGUAAAAGAUGCUUAUACGGUGGUUAUACAGAAACCAAGAAAGAUGAGACCAUCCGAUGAACCGGUGUUAACCCAUAGCUUCAAAGUGAAUGAGCUUGGCAAGGUUUUACUCACAGUAGACAACCCAACCUCUAAGAAGAAGAAGCUCGUUUACAGGUUCAAUGUCAAACCUCUCUAAGCUUUAAAAAAUCUUUUCCAAACUUUGUUUUAUUUUACAAAAAUGUGGUUUCUAGACUUUUGUUUUUUCUUGAAACAGAAGUGAGAUACGUCUUAUGUGUGUUUGUAUAUGUGGGAUUGUUUACUUUAUCAUUUCAUAUAAAUUAUGUGUGGUUUAAUACGAUCGAGCUGCUUGUAUCUUUUGCUCUUGUAAUCAAUCAUUUGUGGAGAAUAUAUUACAUGACUUUAU